AUGGUGUUAAUAGAAGAGGAACAAAGUGAAGGUUUAAAGGUUCUGGAGAAUGGAGUGUCCGGACGCGUGGGACUGGGUGAGAUUCCGUUUAGGACUGAUAAAGUGGCCAUGGAUAAACCUGUCAUGUCCAUCACCAGUUUUGACGAAAAUGGCGAUGAGUGUGAGGUUUCAGGAGAGGACGACUACGAGGAAAGUGCAGUUGAUUACAGGCAAAACUAUUGGGAGGAUGAGGACGAUAUCUACCAGGAGUUUGAAGAGUUGGACUUCGAGGCCCUGCCGGAUCGCUCGGACACACAGAGCAUCGUCUCGGACGAUUCGUUCUAUCCCCCUGACAAUUCUGAUGCGUCCCACAUGUACCGCUCACCGAGCCCCGACAGCCCUGAACCCAUUUCAUUCUUUAAGGCCUGCUGCAACAACAACGCCAUCAUCGUCAAGAUUAUGAUUAGACAAGGAGUGACCGAAGAGGAAGUGAAAGAGACGGAUCGUAACAGAAGAUCAGGUCUGAUUGUGGCGUGUUACCAUGGCUACAUGGACGUGGUCAUGGCCCUUUCCCAGUGCCCGUAUCUUGAUGUUAACUGGCAGGACAACGAGGGCAACACUGCUCUUAUUACUGCAGCACAAGCAGGUAAUGCUUUCAUCUCAAACUACCUGCUCGACUACUUCCCCGGGUUGGACAUUGAGAGGAGGAACUGUCACGGUUUCACAGCUUUGAUGAAGGCUGCCAUGCAGGGCCGGGCCGAGUGCGUCAGGGCUCUCAUGCUGGCUGGAGGUGAUAUCCAGGCACGGGACAAUGGCCGCAGUCUGACACCGAGGGAGUGGGCUCUCUUCACCGGUCGAUACGAGACGGCCAAUCUGAUGCAUCGGCUGAUGUCAAAGCCUUGUGCUGAGCAGUUCUGUGACUCCUUCUCACUGGAGUGGCCCGCGCUGGAGGAGCUGGUGGCCCAGGCCCAAGAGCCGAAGUCUUGCUGGAGGCGUUUGGUCAACUUCCUGCCCUGCUGCCCGUAUAGGUUUUACAUGAACAACAAGGUUAACCCCGUGGAUGACGGCGUUCUCGACUACAUGGUCCAGAUAACCACCGCUAUCUCCUUCCCCGUCAUCGCCACGGCUUGCCGCACGGUGUGCCCGGGCAGCCCGCCGUGCAUCGGGAAGCGGCGCCAGGCGGUGCAGGAGAUCCUGAGGAGGCAGCGGGUGUCGGAGCUGAAGCGCCUGGGCCCGGACAGACUGAACAACUACAAGAGAUUCUUCCAGAACUCGCGGGUCCUCCUCAUCCCCAAGGCGAGGGAUCGCAGGGCCAGCCUGCAGACCCAGCUGCUAAGCGAUGUGGCCACGGUGGCCAUGAGGCGAGCGAGCCUCCUCCCUCUGAACAUGCUGAGGAGGAGCAGCGUACGGCCAGGCAUCGUGGUGCCCAAGGUGAGGCUCUGCAAAGCCCCAGGUCCGAGCUUCGUACCGGAGAAACUCAAACGGAGUGGUGACCACAACCGGCUCCAGAUCCCCAAGUGGAACUACAAGAUGAAGAGGAUAGAGAGGAGGCGGGAGGAGGAGGAGCGGAGACGACUGUUACCUCUGAUAAGGAGGAGAUGA